AUGCUGCAGCCGACGCUCGUGGACGCCAGCAAGGCGAUCAAUGCUUGUGGGAAGAAAGCCCAGUGGGAGACAGCCUUGCGACUCUUGCGAGACCUUCCGCAUUGGCAGUUGGAGGCAAACAUCAUCACGAGAAGCGCUGCCUUGAGUGCCUGUGAGCGUUGUGAGCAGUGGGUACAAGCAGCGGCCCUGCUGGUGGAAAUGCCUACAAAGGAUUCCAUUGCAUACAGUGCCGCGGUCAGUGCCUGUGGCAAAGGGCUUUCUUGGCCGAUGGCCCUCCUUCUGCUCUGGCAGCUCCAUGCGGAGCAGGUGGAGAAGCAGGUCAGCGCUUGCAACGCAGCCACGACCGCCUGCGAGAAGGGAAGGCGAUGGUCAGAUGCACUGGAUCUGCACGAUGUCCUUCAUCAGUGGGCGCUGACGCCGAAUGUGAUCACCUUCAGCUCUACUCUGAGUGCUUGCGAGAAGGGCGGUCAGUGGGCACAGGCCGUCGGCCUGGUGAGUGAGAUGACGGAGCAGCAGGUGCAGGGCAACAUCAUCUCUUGCAGCGCCGCCAUCAGCGCAUGCGAGACUGAAGGUGGAUGGCAAAAUGCAGUUGCCUUGUUCGAGGAAGCUGCAGAGGACACCAACAUUGUUGCAUACAAUGCCACCAUGAGUGCCUGUGAGAAAGCAAGUCGCUGGCAAGACGCGCUGCAGCUAUUUGAGGAGGCCCAUCUACAGCAACUUCGCACCAAUGUGAUCAGCUACGGAGCUGUCAUCAGUGCCUGCGAGAAGGGAGGAGUUUGGCUCCUCGCGCUAAGCUUCCUCGCAGACAUCGACGAAAGGAGACUGGAGCGGAACCUCAUCACUUGCAACGCGGCCAUCAGCGCGUGUGAAAAGGGUGCUGAAUGGCUGAGAGCUCUCGCUCUCUUGGGCGAGGUGCUCUCCAACUUGCAGGCGGAUGUCAUCACGUUUGCCGCUGCCAUCAGUGCCUGCGAGAAGGCCUCUGAAUGGUCCUGGGCGCUGGAACUUUUCGGGCGCCUUUGCAGCGGGAACCUGCGCCCGAACGUCGUGGCUCACAACGCAGCCAUCGCAGCCUGCCAGCAAGUGGGGCCCAACUAA